AUAUUGAGUCAUGGCCAGUGAGUGAGGACAAAACAACUAUAUAUAUAUACAGUGCUUCAGUAUCUCACUGUUUCAGCUUGGUUUCACUCAGGAGAAGAAGGUAUUACCAGUAUGCAGAUCUGCAGGGAUGCAUGUUUUUUUUUUACAAUAUGGCUGGUUUACCUUACGUUUGAGGUUGAAACUUUUCAAGGGAUAUCCUGUGGCUCCCCUGGCGAAGUGAUGAAUGGCAGGUAUGACCUCACAGAGGGGGUGGAGUUUGGAGCCAGAGUAACAGCCCAGUGUGACAAAGGACAUUACAUUGUGGGUUCCAAAGUACGGAAUUGCAUGGCAGCAGGGUGGUCUGGCAGAGUCGCUAUCUGUGAAGUGGUGAAGUGUGGAGCGCCUCCUGUUGUUGCCAAUGGAAGUAUGUUGUACAGAGCUGAAGAGUCGUAUGCCUACAGAGAGGUGGUGGAGUAUCAGUGUGACAGGCAACUGACUAUGGAUGGACCCAGGUUCUUACACUGCUCUGAAACAGGAGAGUUUGAGCCAAAUCCACCUAAAUGUAUCGACAUAACUUGUCCAACACCUAACAUUGAUAAAGCUUUCCGCGUAGAGGGACAUAUACCUCCAUACAAAUACAAGUCUUUCAUCAGAUAUGAAUGUGAAAAAGGAUAUGAAAUGGAAGGUGAAUCAGGUCUUACCUGUGAAAUAGACAGCCGCUGGUCAGCAUCAUACCCAACAUGCAAAGUGUCAAAAGACAGCAACCCUGAAGCUGAAAAUGGUUUGUUUUCCAAGAUUGGAGGUGAAAUCAAAGGUGGACUCAUCUGGAUUUUCAACAAAAUCCCAAAGGUAGAACUCAAGCUCCCCUGGAUGAGGAAAUGACAGAUUUAGACUAAAAAACUAUUAAACUCAUCACAUUGGGAAGGACAUUCAGGACAUCAAAAUGAACCUUUACACAUGUAGCUUUUACAGUAGUAACAAUACAUGUCUUCUGAAAAGUA